UAAUUUGCCAGAUGAAGUUUCAUUUUCAAGAAAACAUACCUGAUUAUACGUAGCAAUAGAGGUGGAAUUUAUUUACCAUCGAAAUCAAAACUAACGUCAAAAUCGUGAUGCCGGGUGGUCGGACCGCACUCUUCGGCAGCUGUAAUGAGCUGCCAGGAAUUAUGGCGGUGACACGUGAGGCGAUCAUCGGUCUCUACCGAAAUAUGAUAAGACAAAGCAAGAAAUGGAACUCCUAUAAUUACAGAACCUACGCUCUUCGGAAGAUCCGUCAUGAAUUUAGAGAAAAUAAAACACUGAAGGACCAGGAAAAGAUAAAAGACACAUUUCAAUUUGGAGUCCAGAAUUUAGAAGUAAUAAAGCGACAGGUGAUACUUGGGAAUCUCUACGGCGGACGUCCUCUAGUAAUUGAAACUAAGUCGACAUUAAAUACACAACAUAUUUAAUCACUAUCUAUAGCGUGAGAAACGGAAGGCAAAUCAUUCUGAUGGCUACCCAUCACAGAGCGGAACACAAUUAUAAUCUAUGUUGACAAAUGAUUCUUUCUCCUGUAUUACUGAGUUCGUUCCUUAGCUGUAAAAUAAUAUUUAUAUUAAACGAUUCUUUUCCUCCGUG